AUGCUCGAGCACGUUCGAGCUGGAAACGACAUGGAUAUCCUGCUAAACAAUUUCACCGGAGCAGACCUACUAUUACAACUUUCAGUUGUCCCUGAGACCGGAAGGCGCUACGAUUUUCCUUUUGCCAAGGGCAUGCCUUUGCACUUACUAUUCGAGGGUAAUACAUAUCUCGAUUCUUUCGUGUAUGAAGCCGUGAUCCCUCAAUCAACGCCGAGUACUACACGGCUCGAGAGAGCGAUAAACGGUAUAAACGGUGUAAACAGUACACUUCAGGGGUAUCCCAUUACAUUCCGUCAGGGCGCAUACGACAAGCCAUUUCGGGCCGCGAAAAUGGCGGACCCAAUGCUCGAGAAGAUUGACGUUUCGAAGUGGACGUCGGUCAGUUCGGACAAUCGAGUCCUGCGGAAGUACCUAGGAUCUUAUUUCCUAAACCCCUCAGUACUGUCUCCGGUGCUCCAUAAAGACCUUUUCUUUGAAGACAUGAUUACUGGUGAAUGCCGUUUUGCGUCGAAGCUUCUUGUCAACGCUGUGCUAGCUGCCGGAUGUCAAAGCUGCCUUGAUCUGGAGGAUCGUUGGAUGCUGUGGAAUCCAGACAAUAUUGCCUACAAAUUCCUGAGCGAGUUUCAAGCCGCCUUGAUAAUGAAUGUUACGUACAACCUCAAUGCCAAUGACUUCAUCGCAAUCCGAUAUCUGGAUCAGGCGUGUGACAUGGCCAAAGCGCUUGACCUCUUUGGUCCAGCCGGCCACGGACUGAACUUUGUUGCGCAAGGGUCGCGACAAGCUGCGGUCUGCCUUACGUACUCUCGCCCACUCAAGAUCAAGAAGCCGCCUGCGAUGGCACUACCAGAUCCCAUGAGACAACCAGGAUUCUACGCCAAUGAUAUACGGGUGCAGUAUCCGCUCUCGGAACAGCUGGUAUCACUACGCAUGGACCACAAGAUGCACCUGGAAGCCCAGCUGUACCGGACUCUUGGCGAGAUGGCAAGUUCUUUGCCUGUGGAGAAGCAAUCUUUGGCAGACGCAUUUCGCUUGAAAGGGAAAUUGGACCAGUGGUUCUCUAAAGUCACCGAGUUAUUUGAUCCGAAGGUCCUGGUCUUCCCGAUCCACUUUGAUCUUCAUAUGCAAUACUACUACUGGAUCAUUCGCUUGUUCCAACCGUUGAUCGUCCAGACAGCAACAGCGGCACCCGCGCCGCCGUCAUCACUGGACGGAACGCCUCAAGGCAUCGUGCGCCACUCGCAAGUCAUGUUCGAGACCCUCCUCCGAAUUUACUAUCUUCGGCACAGUUACAGCACCUAUGACGCAUGGAUCAUCCACUUCCUCCUAGUACUAGGCACCAACGCACUCAAUUCCCUCUACGAUGCCACCGCUCCCACAGCAUUCCAACAUCCAGCCGACGCACUGUCUUCGCUCCUUCUUGCGGUUAAGGGCCUCAAGCAACAGAGCAAGAACGUAUACAUCGCUAGGAUAUGCGCGCUAGGACUGCAGAAGAGCAUGAGGCCAGACGAUCUACAAUGGGUGAGGACGUUCCUUUUUCUGAAGCCUGUCACUAAAGAAGACCAACGCAUGAUCGACGAGAGCGCGAGGUGUUCGUAUCCCGUGCCGAUAGUCAGUUCUGAGGGGCAGCUAGAGACGAGAAAGCUGGGCGAGAUAAUGAAAGGCGUUGAAGAGCUACCUGUGGAAGAAUAG